CAAGGACAGACACAUCAGAGCUGAAAUGUUCCUGCAGGGAGAAACUACUGACACCUUCAAAUUGGACGUCUCGUCCCUCUGCAACAGAUUGAAGAGCAUGUGAGGAUUCAAAAUGGAUGAUUUAGAUCACAGCAUGUGCAUUGCAGAGUUCGACUGGACCAGCUUCUAUGAUGACAGUGAGGAGUGCGGCCUGCUGCAGCCUUCGCUCGCCUGCCCCGACAACGCCAGCCUUAGCGAUUCAGAGGAUUCAGGAGACUCAACUUCAGUCCUCAGUACGGGCCAGCAGGAGAUACUGCCGAGCCCUGAAGUGAACCGUGACGGAGCUGAGAGCAACGACGCAGGAGAGGAGAGCUGUAUAAAGUUAUCGAUGGUGCUGAAUGAUAGUACAGGAGGAGAACAAGCUGAAGAAGACAGUGAGACACAAGUGAACUCCGAAAUAUGCCUCGAUUGUCCCGCAGGAAAUACCCUUAGCACAAAAGAGGUGCACAUGGGGACUGCAGGAGACGUCACAGAGGACACAAAUGGGAACAUUACAAACACACUGCAAACUGAAACAAUACAUGUUCGGUGUUCAGGAGUUUCUAAAGAGCUGAAAAAAGAGGACGGAGAUCUGCAAACAGAAACAGAUCAUUCCAGAGAGGAACCUGGUCCGCUGUUUCUAAACCAAACAGAACCACACGUGAAUGAGCCACAAGCUACAGACAGAACUGUGAGCGAGGAUGUGAGCAGUGUCGCUCCAAGAGCAGAGAAGGAGCGCUGGUUCGUGACAGUGAAUGACAGUCCUGCACGACAGCGGGUGCAUGCCACCCCCGUGAAAAAAAAACGAAAACAAAAAAAACCUUGUAAAAACAGUCACACGUGCAGCCGAGGGCAGGAGCAAUCACUUGAAAAUGGCCUGGAGUUAGAGAUAAACAAAAAUCAAAAUGAAUCUGAGGGAGGGAGGGACAUGGGGGGCCUCACUCAAUCAAAACGAAGCUUGGCUCAAGACUCAGGAUGGCGUCCGAAUCCUGAGAGCGUUUCAGAUUCAUUGCAGAUGUCUUCUGAAGAAGACAAUGUGUUAGAAAAACUGGUGAUCUCUCAUUCCCCCAAAGAAAAUGUCAAUGACCCAACAACGGACGAAAACAAACAGGAACCAGGCAGCUCAGCAUCCACAUCACAUGACAUACGUACACCCAAAGACCCUUCGCGGUUGGAGAGUGUGGAGUCAGACGAGUUUGAAGAUGGUGUUGACCUCUUCUCUAUUCACAGCUAUGACUCUGAAAGCUAUUUGUCUGCUGCUGAAUCAGUGGAGGAAACUCAGCAUCUUCUCAUGGAAAACCUUCAACCCGUGGAUUUUAAACAGUUGCAGUACUCAGCGUCUCUGACCUUGCAGACUGAGAGUGCCCUCGCUGACAGUACCCGGGGCAGACAGAUGCGUUCUUGUUAUAGCACUCUCUCGACCAACUGUGACGGUUAUGACGGCACUGACGUUGAGCCUACCCUGGCGUUUCCAUCUGCUGGCCAAGGAGACUACAAAAUGCCAGAUGACAGCUCUGCAUGUGAUAAUAACGCAAGCAGCACGGUACUCCACACGCUCUUGGACACAACUGGAGUCCAAAAAUACAAAAUGAAUCAUUCAGCAUCUGGUAGCUCUUCAGGUGAUCAGCUUAGUCCUCUCCCUGUUCCUGAUUUAACUCUAACACCUUGCUCUGUGGGUGACAGCCCUGAAACAUGCACCGAGGCUGCCGGCAACACUCGACCUGUGUUCGCCAUUUCUGCCUUUUGGGAUGAAAUGGAAAAACUGACGAUAAAUGACAUUUUGCAGCUUAGGAUGAGUAGAAGCAUGCCUCCUAGGGAAACAGAAGAAACAGUGGUAGCAAAUGCAGAUGAAUCUCCAACAAACUCCCUGGAUGACACUGUGCAGUAUAACCUGUCUGACGGUGGUCUAAUGGACACGUCGGACACUGCUGAUUCAGACUAUUUCACACAGCUUGAUGAAUCCAAGCCAGAUCGCUCAAGCUGUGAGUUUUCCACCUCAGAUUUUGAAGAGGAGUACUGGCAGUUUAUUGCCUCCAGCAGGAACCCCAGUCCUGAUCCUCACAGCCAAAACCAACAGAGGACAAGUGACUCUCAUUUUUUAUCACGUGAGGAAGAGGAGUCCACGAGCUCUGAAGGAAAGGAGACACCUGUGCCUUUGGAGGACUUUGGGGGACAGAGUAUCGAGGAUCGGGAGUCACAUACUUUGAGCAAACUUGCACGGCCAAGACAGAUGACAAAAAGCAAAAGUAUGCACGAUGUACAAAUGCUCAACAAAGAGGAUUUACCUUUACCGUUUGGUGUUGAUAAGAGCAGUCUAUUUCUCAGCAGCUGUCAGUCUCUGGAGGAAAACAUGGUUUUGAAAGUCAGCGAAAACCUGGGAACACUAAUACCUGCGCCUUUUCCACCCAACACAGAUGUACUAGAUGAACAUUAUCAAACAUCCUUGUUUGAAUACUUUUUCACAGAGGAUAAAGCAAAGAAUGACUCCAGGGGCAUUGCUGUCUAUGACCCAGAGGACAUCUCAGUGGCUCCUGUGUUUGACUACACUCUUUGUACAUUCAGGGAUGAAAUGUUGUUCUCUUCCCUCCAUGAUUCCCAGCGCAGCGAGGAGAAUCCCAUCCCUAUCUUUUCUUGUUCUCAUCCUACUGUCAGAAAUCUCACAUUCCCAAAAUCGGACUAUGUUUUCUUGAGGGCAGACUGCCAGGCAGAAGAAGGGGUGGACAACCUCUCUUCAAUCAGAGUUGUGUCUCCCUCUUUCUUCCUGGCCAAUCAGUGUUGGGCAUCUGCAGCAGCUGCAGGUGGGUCUUGCAACUGGAAAAGUUUAAUAUCGACCAGGAAGAUUUGCUUCCACGACAAAGGCAGCAUCCGGUGCAGAAGCUCUGGCACCUGGGUGUUUCCAAUUGAGGCUGAGAAGAUGGAGAGAGAGGAUCCACCGAGCACUGUGCUGGCUGAGGGAAGAGUCUCUUCAGCUCCUUCGCAGCUGUUCAGAGAGCUGGCAGUGCAGCAGAGCACUUUGGAAACUAUAGAGACAAAAAGACGAGAGGGCAUCUUAUCUGCGCUGAGGCAGUCAGAUAUGUGUUUGGUCUGCAUUGCCUUUGCCUCCUGGGUUCUGAGGUCUUCGGAUCCAGAGGCUGCUGAUGCCUGGAAAGCAGCUCUGCUAGCAAACGUGAGUGCGCUCUCAGCUAUCCAGUAUCUGCGGCAGUAUGUGAAGAAGAAGACAAGUCCUCCUCAAGAUGAUCCCUGA